GGACCUGAGCGUGCCGCUCCUCCCUCGAGCUGGGCGGCUCUGUUUAAAUACUGUAGUGAACAAUGACUGAAGUAAUUUGGACUGUUCGUCUGUGGAGUACCCCGCAAACACAGAACUCUCCAAAUCCCCAAAAUCCAGGAGAUAAUCAACAGUAAUUCCUCUCAUCCCCUGAGUUCAAGAUGUCCAAAAAAUCAGGCUUGAGUGAGGAUGAGAAGUUUCUCUUCCUCGACAAGGACUUCAUCAACAGUCCAGUGGCCCAAGCAGACUGGGCUGCAAAGAAGCUGGUGUGGGUCCCUUCUGAGAAACACGGGUUCGAAGCAGCCAGCAUCAAGGAGGAGCAUGGCGAUGAAGUGCUGGUGGAGCUGGCGGACAAUGGCAAGAAGGUGACCAUCAACAAAGAUGACAUCCAGAAGAUGAACCCGCCCAAAUUCAGUAAGGUGGAGGACAUGGCGGAGCUGACCUGCCUGAACGAGGCGUCCGUGCUGCACAACCUGAGGGAGAGGUACUUCUCUGGGCUCAUCUAUACUUACUCUGGCCUGUUUUGUGUGGUGGUAAACCCCUAUAAAAUGCUGCCCAUUUAUUCUGAGAAGAUUAUUGAAAUGUACAAAGGGAAGAAACGCCAUGAAGUGCCCCCCCACAUCUACUCCAUCACCGACAAUGCCUACAGGAACAUGAUGCAAGAUCGUGAGGAUCAGUCAAUUCUCUGCACAGGGGAGUCUGGUGCUGGAAAAACAGAGAACACCAAGAAGGUGAUCCAGUACCUGGCAGUGGUGGCCUCUUCUCACAAAGGCAAGAAGGACACCAGUGCUCAACAAUCAGGAUCACAGCUUGCCUACGGGGAGCUAGAGAAACAGCUCCUACAGGCCAAUCCGAUUCUUGAAGCCUUUGGAAAUGCUAAGACCAUCAAGAAUGACAACUCAUCACGUUUUGGUAAAUUCAUCCGCAUUAACUUUGACGUGACCGGCUACAUCGUUGGAGCCAACAUUGAGACCUACCUGCUAGAGAAGUCCCGCUGUAUCAGGCAGGCUAAAACUGAGAGGACCUUCCACAUCUUCUAUUACAUGGUGGCUGGAGCCAAAGGGAAACUGCGUGAGGAGCUGUUGCUGGAGAGCUUCAGCAACUACCGGUUCCUGGUGGCUGGACAUGUCCAGCUUCCAGGACAGCAGGACGAUGAGAUGUAUGAUGAGACCAUGGAGGCCAUGGAUAUCAUGGGUUUCACUGAGGAGGAGAGGAUAGGCAUCCAGAAGGUGGUCUCCACAGUGCUGCAUCUGGGAAACAUUGAAUUCAAGAAGGAAAGGAAUCAGGAACAGGCUACAAUGCCAGACAAUACAGCGGCCCAGAAAGUGUGUCACCUGCAGGGCAUCAAUGUGACAGAUUUCACCCGGGCCAUACUAACCCCCCGCAUAAAAGUGGGCCGGGAGCUGGUACAGAAGGCUCAGACUAAAGAACAGGCUGAUUUUGCUAUUGAGGCCUUGGCCAAGGCCAUGUAUGAGCGUCUGUUCCGCUGGAUCCUCGGGCGUGUCAACAAGGCACUGGACAAGACCAAACGCCAAGGAGCUUCCUUUUUGGGAAUUUUGGACAUUGCUGGCUUUGAGAUCUUUGAAGAUAAUUCCUUUGAGCAGCUGUGCAUCAACUAUACCAACGAGAAGCUGCAGCAGCUCUUCAAUCACACCAUGUUCAUCCUGGAGCAGGAAGAGUACCAGAGGGAGGGCAUUGAGUGGAACUUCAUCGACUUUGGGCUGGACCUGCAGCCCUGUAUUGAGCUCAUUGAGAGGCCGAACAACCCUCCAGGCAUCCUGGCCCUGCUGGAUGAGGAGUGCUGGUUUCCUAAAGCCACAGACAUCUCCUUUGUUGAGAAGCUGGUGAAUACACAGGGCAACCACAGCAAGUUUGCAAAACCCAAGCAACUGAAAGACAAGACAGAGUUCUCAGUGUUCCACUAUGCUGGCAGGGUGGAUUACAAUGCUACUGCUUGGUUGACUAAGAACAUGGACCCACUCAAUGACAAUGUGACAGCACUACUCAAUAACUCAGCUAGCAAUUUUGUGCAAGAUCUCUGGAAAGAUGCGGACCGUGUGGUGGGGUUGGACACCAUUGCCAAGAUGUCAGAUAGCUCUAUGCCUAGUGCCUCCAAGACCAAGAAGGGCAUGUUUCGCACAGUCGGCCAGCUCUACAAGGAGUCCUUAGCCAAGCUGAUGACCACGCUGCAUAACACACAGCCCAACUUUGUGCGGUGCAUCAUCCCCAACCACGAGAAGAGAGCCGGAAAGCUGGAUGCUAACCUGGUUUUGGAGCAGCUGAGAUGCAAUGGUGUGCUGGAGGGAAUCCGUAUCUGCCGGCAAGGGUUCCCCAACCGCAUCGUCUUCCAGGAGUUCCGACAGCGUUAUGAGAUCUUGGCUGCAAGUGCAAUUCCUAAAGCUUUCAUGGAUGGCAAGCAAGCUUGCUGCCUGAUGAUCAAACACCUGGAUCUGGACCCCAACCUCUACCGCAUGGGUCAGAGCAAGAUCUUUUUCCGCACUGGUGUGCUGGCUCACCUGGAGGAGGAGCGCGACCUCAAGAUCACUGUCAUUAUCAUUGCCUUCCAGUCCCAGGCUAGGGGCUACUUGGCCAGAAAGGCAUUUGCCAAGAGACAGCAGCAGCUGAUGGCUAUGAAGGUGAUUCAGAGGAACUGUGCUGCCUACCUCAAACUGCGCAUCUGGCAGUGGUGGAGGCUGUUCACCAAGGUCAAGCCCCUGCUGCAAGUGACUCGACAGGAAGAGGAAAUGGGCCUGAAGGAUGAAGAGCUGACAAGGGCAAAAGAACAAGCCCAGAAAAGCGAAACGGAGCUAAAGGAGAUCACCCUGAAGCACACACAGCUGUUGGAGGAGAGGAACCAGCUGCAGGAGCAGCUACAGGCAGAGACAGAGCUGUUUGCCGAGGCUGAGGAGAUGAGGGUGCGUCUGGCUGCCAAGAAACAGGAGCUGGAGGAGAUCUUGCAUGAGAUGGAGGCGCGGCUGGAGGAGGAGGAGGACCGAAAUCAGGCCAUGCAAGUGGAAAGGAAGAAAAUACAGCAGCAGAUCCAGGACCUGGAGGAGCAUUUGGAGGAAGAGGAGGAUGCCCGUCAGAAACUGCAGCUGGAGAAGGUGACAGCUGAGGGCAAGAUUAAGAAACUGGAGGAUGACAUCCUGGUGAUGGAGGAUCAGAACAACAAGCUGCUCAAGGAGAGAAAGCUAAUGGAGGAGAGGAUAGCAGACUACAGCUCCAACUUGGCUGAGGAAGAAGAGAAAUCCAAGAACCUGACUAAGCUGAAGAAUAAACAUGAGUCCAUGAUAUCAGAGCUUGAAGUCCGUUUGAAGAAAGAAGAGAAAACCCGGCAGGAGCUCGACAAGGCCAAGCGCAAGUUAGAGGCGGAGUCCAAUGAUCUCCAGGAACAGAUUGCCGAUCUGCAAGCCCAGAUUGCCGAGCUGAAGGCACAGCUGGCCAAAAAGGAUGAGGAGCUCCAAGCUGCACUGGCAAGACUGGAAGAUGAGAUGGCCCAGAAGAACAAUGCCCUGAAGAAGAUCCGUGAGCUGGAGGGACACAUCUCUGACCUGCAGGAAGACCUGGACUCUGAGCGCGCUGCCCGCAAUAAGGCGGAGAAGACCAAACGUGACCUGGGAGAGGAGCUGGAGGCACUGAAAUCUGAGCUGGAGGACACUCUGGACAGCACUGCCACCCAGCAGGAGCUCCGGGCAAAACGAGAGCAGGAAGUGACCCUGCUGAAAAGGGCCAUGGAGGAGGAAGGGCGUACACACGAGGCACAGGUGCAGGAGAUGCGGCAGAAACAUACGCAAGUUGUGGAGGAACUCACCGAGCAACUGGAGCAGUCCAAACGGGUGAAGUCCAACUUGGAGAAAGCCAAGCAGGCUCUGGAGAAGGAGUCAUCGGAGCUGAGCAUAGAGGUUCGCUCUCUGAGCCAGGCCAAACAGGAGCUGGAGCACAAGAGGAAGAAGGUGGAGGGGCAGCUGGUCGAACUGCAGUCACGCUUCACCGACAGCGAGAAGCAGAAAGCCGAGCUGGGGGACCGCGUCUCCAAAAUCACUGUGGAACUGGAGAGUGUGACCAACCUUCUCAAUGAAGCAGAGGGCAAGAAUAUCAAACUGAGCAAAGAUGUGGCCGGCCUGACCUCCCAAGUCCAGGACACACAGGAGCUGCUUGCAGAGGAGACGAGGCAGAAGCUGGCCGUUUCAACACGCCUGCGUCAGAUGGAGGACGAUCGCAAUGGGCUGCAAGAGCAGCUGGAGGAGGAGAUGGAGGCAAAGAGGAAUGUGGAGAAAUACGUCUCCACCCUCACUGUGCAGCUGUCAGACUCCAAGAAGAAGUUGGAGGAGUUUUCCAGCAACGUGGAGCUACUGGAAGAGAGCAAGAAGCGGCUGCAGCGAGACCUGGAAGCAGCCAACACGCAGUUCGAAGAGAAGGCCUCAGCCUACGACAAAUUGGAAAAGACAAAGAACCGUCUGCAGCAGGAGCUAGAGGAUCUAAUGAUGGACCUGGACAACCAGAGGCAGUUGGUGUCCAACUUGGAAAAGAAGCAGAAGAAAUUUGACCAGAUGCUUGCAGAGGAGAAGAGCAUCUCCAACAAGUUCGCAGAUGAGCGUGACCGUGCGGAGGCCGAGGCUCGAGAGAAAGAGACGAAGGCCCUCUCUUUGGCCCGGGCCCUAGAGGAAGCUCAGGAUGCCCGCGAGGAGCUGGAGAGGGCCAACAAAGCCCUGCGCACAGAGAUGGAGGACCUGGUCAGCUCCAAGGAUGACGUUGGCAAGAGUGUGCAUGAACUGGAGAAAUCAAAGCGUGGGCUGGAGGCUCAGGUGGAGGAAAUGAAGACCCAGCUGGAGGAGCUGGAAGACGAGCUGCAGGCAGCUGAGGAUGCCAAGCUGCGUCUGGAGGUCAACAUGCAGGCUCUCAAGGCCCAAUUCGAAAGAGACCUGCAGGGCAGAGAUGAGCAGGGUGAGGAGAAGAAGAGGCAGCUGAUAAAACAGGUACGCGAGCUGGAGACAGAGCUGGAGGACGAACGGAAGCAGAGAGCCAUAGUGUCUGCUGCCAAGAAGAAGCUUGAGGGAGACAUCAAGGACCUGGAGGGUCAGAUUGAAACAUCCAACAAGGGCCGAGAUGAGGCCAUCAAACAGCUGCGCAAGAUCCAGGCCCAGAUGAAGGACUUCCAGAGAGAACUGGAGGAUGCUCGUGCAGCCAGGGAAGAAGUGCUAUCCACUGCCAAGGAGACUGAAAGGAAGGCCAAGAGUCUAGAAGCAGAACUGAUGCAGCUGCAGGAGGAUAUGGCUGCAGCAGAAAGAGCACGCAAGCAGGCAGAGGCUGAGAGGGACGAGCUUGCCGAUGAGCUCGCCAGCAACGCCUCCGGAAAGUCGGCGCUGUCUGAUGAGAAACGGCGUCUGGAGGCUAAAAUCUCCCAGCUGGAGGAGGAACUGGAGGAGGAACAGAGCAACAUGGAAAUCCUUAAUGACAGGCUGAGAAAGAGCACACAGCAGGUGGAUCAGCUCAACAAUGAACUUCAGACAGAGCGUACCACAUCUCAAAAGAAUGAGAGUGCACGGCAGCAAAUGGAGAGGCAGAACAAGGAGCUGAAGGCCAAGCUCCAGGAGAUGGAGAACCAGGUCAAAUCCAAGUUCAAGUCCUCCAUCACUGCCUUGGAGGCCAAGGUGCAGCAGCUGGAGGAGCAGCUUGAGCAAGAGAGCAGGGAGAAGCAGGCCACUGCCAAGGGCAUGCGGCAGAAGGAGAAGAAACUGAAGGACUUGAUGAUCCAAGUUGAGGAUGAGCGUAAGCAAGCAGAGCAAUAUAAGGACCAGGCAGACAAGGGCAGUGCGCGGGUGAAACAACUGAAGAGGCAACUGGAGGAGGCAGAGGAGGAGUCCCAGCGCAUCACGGCUGCUCGCAGAAAGCUGCAGAGGGAACUGGACGAGGCAACAGAGGCCAACGAUGCCAUGAGCAGAGAAGUCAACUCCCUCAAGACCAAACUCAGGCGUGGAAACGAGCCAUCCUUCAGCAGCGGACCGCGACGCAUGGGAGGGGGGAGGAGAGGAGUAAUGGACAACACCGACGCUUCUGAAGAAGAGGGAGACUCACAGGGGGACUUCAACGGAACCAAGGCUGACUAGAGGAGCACAUGCAUCAAGAUAAAUUACCCCAUUUAUUCCCAGACUUAUCUGCUUAUCAUUCAAAACAAAUUAAUUAAUGGCUACUUAAUUUUCAACUAUCAUUCGAUACAAUCCAAAGGGGUCAAUCUGUAAGCUAACCGCUAAUGGGUUGCAUCAUCAUUUAGGAGGCAGGCCAUUCUCCGUCUGACUAUUCAAAGAUAAACGUGAAAACAUUCUGAUAAUGAAACCAGUGAUUCUGAUUUUUUUGUUUUGGGUGUUGGGAACUUUGGUUUGAUUUGCUGUUCUGUGAUGCACCGUUUUCUACCACACCCUCAAAUUACAAUAUCUUUCCUAAUUGCAUAUUAUGUUUACACAGCAAUCGCCACACAUGCAGCAGAUACAGUGCUGUCAUUUCCCACUUUGGCCUGCAAAAAUAAGACUUUUUACUUUGUGCCAGUCAGAAAUCAAAAUGAAAGGACACCUUUCUAGACCCACAAACUAGUUUAAUUGCUGAGGUAUUAGAAAGGGUGAGAUUUGAAAUUGUGUCAAACAGAAUUUUCCAGUGGAAACAAAAAGCAAAGCUGGUCUGGCCCACUCACAUACAUGUCUGAAAAGGUGACCGGCAUUCUAUGCCAUGCAUGUGCUCUUCAGAUUUGUCCAUCCAAUUAAUUUGUUAAUUUAAGUUUUUGUAUUGUUCCCUUGUGAAAUUUGUUAAAAAGAUUUUAUUUAGGUUUUCUGAUUAUUAUUGUACUGAGGAACCUAUUUCAAGGUCAUUGGAGACUAGCCUUCUAUACAUGUCUAAAGCAUCAUGCCUCUCCUCUGGCUUUGUAAUUGCCAACACUGUACUGUCCUGCAGAAGAGUAUCGAAAAGACAUUUCAAGAGACCAUCUUUUCUUUCCUGUCUACACAAGUGUUACAUUUCUUCUGAAUGUAUUUUUUUUUUUGUUGUUGUUUUAAAUCAAGGAAGCCAAUGUUUUAAAUCUAGGUUAUUAAAUGUAGUACUACCAUUUAAGACCCCUGAAAUAUCCUACAUAUGACACAAAGUUAGAAAAGGUCCUCGUAUUUCUCUUCAGAGCAGGAAUAUUAUAAAAUGUUAUUGCCAAUGCUUUUGUUCAUUUAAUGUGACCUUUUUCAAACACUUAAUAUACAAAUAAAUUCUCUAUUUUUCUGUACAACAUAAAUUCAUGCACUGGUCACUAUAAAGUUAAUUAUCAGUAGUCUAAACUUUUUCCAAAACUUAAUUGACGUUUUGUGAAACCACCUGCACGUGAAAUAAAGUGUGUCCACACAA